AAAAGCCCCAAUCCAAAUUUCCAGGUUUGUAGUUGGUAUGCUGAUUGCCUGAACUGAGCUGUAGUCCUGGGGACCCUUCAGCCGGAACCUAUGGUGCCGGUGGUGUUAUCUCUAUCGGGGCCUACUAACCCAUUCCCGCCGACUUCCGACCGGCGGGUCGGCACAACUAAACCGGUGGUCCCAUUCCAGCGCCACCAAGGCGUAGCUGCCCCAACGCCAGCGGAGCAAACGCAUGCUCUUACCGUACAAGAGAAAGGUCCGAGAAAUGUUGGCCUGAAGAAGCUCAAGGACAAGGAGGCAAGAGAAAGAAAAGUGGAAACAAGCAGGAAAAUAGCAUCCCAGAAGGCAGUAUCAAUCAUAUUAAGAAGGGAAGCGACAAAAGCUGUCAUUGAAAAGAAAAAAGGUAACUCCAAGAAAUUAUUGCCCAGGACUGUUCUUGAAGCCCUUCACGAGCGCAUCACUGCCCUUCGAUGGGAGUCUGCUCUCAAGGUUUUUGAUCUCCUUCGUGAGCAGCUUUGGUACAAGCCCAAUUCCAGUAUAUAUAUUAAACUUAUUGUCAUGCUUGGAAAGUGUAAGCAACCGGAGAAAGCUCACUCCUUAUUCCACAUGAUGAUUGAUGAAGGAUGUGCAGUGAAUACUGAAGCUUACACUGCUCUUUUAUCUGCUUAUGGUCGGAGCGGCAUCUUUGACAAGGCAUUUUCUCUCCUUGAAGAGAUGAAAAACACUCCUAGCUGUCGGCCUGAUGUCUUCACAUACUCAAUCCUCAUAAAAUCAUGCCUGCAGGUUUACAAAUUUGAUGAGGUGCAAGCUCUGCUCACUGACAUGGCGUCAGAGGGGAUCAAACCCAAUACAAUUACAUAUAACACCCUCAUUGAUGCCUAUGGGAAAGCAAAGAGGUUUGCAGAGAUGGAAUCAACACUCGUGGAAAUGCUUAGGCAGAGGGACUGCAAGCCUGACGUCUGGACCAUGAACUCUGCAUUGAGAGCCUUUGGAGGCAGCGGGCAAAUAGGUUUAAUGGAGAAGUGCUACGAAAAGUUUCAGAGUUCUGGGAUCGACCCCAAUAUCAAGACCUUCAACAUACUUUUAGAUUCAUAUGGAAAAACUGGGAACUACGAAAAGAUGAGCGCGGUGAUGGAAUACAUGCAGAAAUAUCACUUCAAGUGGACCCUUGUGACUUACAAUAUUAUAAUAGAUGCAUUUGGUAGGGUUGGGGAUUUGAAACAGACAGAAUUUCUAUUUAGGCUUAUGCAGUCUGAGCGGAUAAAACCAAAUUGUAUUACUCUUUGUUCCCUUGUGAGGGCCUAUGGACAGGCUGGAAAAGCUGAAAAGAUUGGAGGAGUAUUGCGAUUUAUUGAGAACUCAGAUGUGACACUAGAUACUGUAUUUUUUAACUGCCUAGUAGAUGCAUAUGGGAUGAUGGGAUGCUUUACCGAGAUGAAAGGGGUGCUGGAAAUGAUGGAGAGGAAGGGAUGCAAGCCUGAUAAGGUCACAUAUAGGACCAUGAUCAAAGCUUAUUCACUUGGUGGAAUGUCUAGCCAUGCCAAAGAAAUCCAGAAUGUUCUUGCAUCAUUAGAGAAGAUUUCAUAGAUAUGAAGAAGCCGGAACUUCUAGACUACUUGGAAAUAUGCUGUUUUGAGCAGCAUGAAUUUUUUUCUUUCUGAUUGAGCACGGCAAUUGUAUAGAUUUGGUUUAUGUGAUCCAUGCUGCUCUCUGACUAUCGUGCUCGGCAGUCCUUGUGUAAAGUAUGUUUCUUGACUACCUAAUGUAAACUUGUUUAUUUAGCAAUUAUAGCUAGUUGGAGUGUAUAAACUAGUGGUCAAUUGAUAUCGUGCUAUUAGUUUGCUUCA